AUGCGCCUUGCAUUCCUAACGCCCCUUGACUACGCCUCUGGAUCGGACAAGUUGGCCAUUUGUAAAACAGGCUGGCUGACGCUUUUGCACCUCUUCUUUCAAUUCGGCACGCGCUUUCGUACAAUUCGUACAUAUAUUGGUAUGAAUAACUCCAGCUUGCUGGAAGGGCUCUGGAAACUGGCUGUGCUUGGCCUGAAUAUCUUUGCACAUGUGAGCCAGCCGUCUCUAGGUGUGCUCAUGCAGCGCUGCAGACAACCUGUUUUGGAGCGCUCAGUGAUACCAACUAGACUGGAGGUUGUUGACACAUGUUUUACCGAUUGUAUCUACGUCGCUAUGCAGCUGUACCGGCGUGUAGCCGGAUUCUGUAUGCGCCUGUCUGUACACAUCUAUCUUCCGCUCUGGCUGCGGCACAAGAGCGUGCCAGGUGACGAGUCUCUGGAAGCCAGAGAUGGUCUAGCAGGAUUAGUUGCUGGCUUUUGGUUAUCGUUGCUAAGUGAAGCGGGUCACGCGGACGAGAUUACGCCACAUUCUACUUUUUCAUACAAAUCGGUAGCAUUAAACGACAGGCUGGGCGCAUAUCUUACAGCGUCUUCUUCUCGAGAUCCGUCCUCUUUGCACCAGCCCCGUAUGGCCGGAUUGUCUACGGCCUGUCGGAUGAUCACCAUUUUCAGAUUAACCGCCCAUGUAAUGAGUAGGCCGGCCUGUUGCAGCAGUUCCCCGGGCUGUUGA